GUGGCGCGGUGCGUGGCCGCAGGCGGGCGCUGUGGCCUGCGGCAGCGGAAGAGUGGCGCGCAGGUGCUCGGGCGCCCGUGACGGAGCGGCCGCAGCGGCGCGGCCCGCAGGAUGCCGGGGCUGGUGGUGUUCGGCAGGCGCUGGGCUAUCGGCAGCGACGACUUCGUCCUCCCGGGGGCUUUUGAGCUCUUCGUCAGGCUGGUGUGGUGGAUUGGAAUUCUUGCCCUUUACACAGUUCACAAGGGGCAGUUUAACUGUCCUGGGGGAGGAUUACUGCACAGCUACUUGCUUGUCCUCCUCAUUCUCCUGGCUUCUAUAAUAUGUGCGUUAUCUGCUCUUGUAUAUGUCAGUAUGCAAGGAACAAUUUCUAAUCCAGGCCCAAGAAAAUCACUUCCCAAGCUCCUUUAUACUCGCCUACUUCUCUGUUUGCCUGAAUUCAUCUGGGCUGUGGUAGGAGCUGUGUGGGUGUCAGACAGCAGUGUGCACUGCGAGAAGGCUGUGGUAAAUGCCAUUACUGUGACUGUCAUUGCAAGCUGGGUUAUCAUCAUCUUUACCAUCAUUGGAGUUGUGAUCGUCUUUGAUCCACUUGGGGGGAAAAAGACCUUUUACUUCACCGAUGGUGUAAAUCGGAACCUGGAAAGCAGUCAGUCAGGGCAGUUGCUGUAUAAUGUGAAGAGCACUGCCACCAGAGUCUGGGAGAAAAGGAUCAGGUUACUUUGUUGCUGUAUUGUGCAAGACGAUGACCAUCGAGUGGCGUUCACAAGUAUCGCGGAGCUUUUCCGCGCCUACUUUUCAGACACUGAUCUGGUGCCAAGUGACAUAGCAGCUGGCUUGACUCUGCUCCAUCAAGAGCAAGAUAAAAUGGAAAGUUGCCCAAAAGACCCUGAAGAAGUCUUGUGUCAUUCUCCAUCAUCUGUUGUGACAGAUGAUUUGGAUAUCGAACUGGAGAAUGCUGCUCACUAUAUGCUGUUUGCUGCAGCUGCGUAUGGCUGGCCCUACUACAUAUACACCAACCCCUUUACUGCACUCUGUAAGCUCAAUGGUGACUGUUGCAGAAGUAGGCCAACAGAUUCUGAUAUAACUGGCAGUGACCGUCAUAACUUUCACUUCGGCUCCAUCCUAAGAAUAACGGGACUGCAGUACAGAGACUUCAUUCAUAUCAGUUUCCAUAACAAGAUUUAUGAGAUUCCAUUUUAUGUUGCUUUGGAUCACAAAAAAGAAGCUAUUGUGGUGGCAGUGAGAGGAACCUUGUCUUUUGAGGACAUUCUCACUGACCUGUCAGCAGAUUGUGAAGACUUGACACUGGAGGAUGUUCUAGAGAAUGGCUUUGUGCAUAAGGGAAUUACUCAAGCUGCAAAUUACAUCUAUCGAAAGCUGAUAAACGAUGGCAUUUUAAACCAGGCUUUCACAAUUGCUCCAGAAUAUAAACUUGUGAUAGUUGGUCACAGUUUGGGUGGUGGAACAGCAUCGAUACUGGCAAUCAUGCUCAGGAACUCUUUCCCAACAUUAAGGUGUUAUGCCUUUUCUCCUCCAGGAGGACUGCUAAGCAAAUCACUUGCAGAUUACACAAAGCACUUCAUCGUUUCAGUCAUUGUUGGGAAGGACCUUGUUGCAAGGUUGAGUAUGCCCAACAUGGAGGAUUUGAAGAGGAGAAUAGUGAGAAUUGUAGCAAACUGCAACCGACCCAAGUACCAGAUUUUGCUGCGUGGGUGUUGGUAUGAAGUAUUUGGAGGAGAUCCAGAUAACUUCCCAACUGAGCUGGAUGGUAGAAACCAAGAUGCCCUCAGCCAGCCACUCCUAGCUGAGGAGAGUUUAAUGGUGCAUCGGUCACCUUCAUACCAUGCCCUUGAGGAUGAAUCUCACUUAAAUUCACCACCUCAGUAUCCUCGUCUGUAUCUUCCUGGAAAGAUCAUCCACAUUGUAGAAGAAUCCAGCUCUAGGAGGUUGUGCUCUUCAGAUAUUAAAUAUUCGGCCCGCUGGUCAAACGAAACAACCUUCAGCAGCAUUUUAAUAAGUCCCAAGAUGAUAACAGACCACAUGCCAGAUGUUGUGCUCAAAGCUCUGAACAGUUUGUCUCAGGAACAUGAAUCAUGUAUUUCUUGUCAAACACGAGAAUGUAACACCAACGUGGUGUAAGCAGUGCUGGGAGAGGAGCUGUGGGGGUUUUACUGCAGGUCUCAAGCAUUCAGCACCCACUCUGCUUUCAUGCCGAAGUGGGUUUCAGUACUUCAUGCAUUGUGUAAAAUAAAGGGGGGCCUCAGUGCCCUUGCUCUGCAGCGACCCAAGUCACAUUCUGCUGGUCAAAGCACAGAUCCUGCGUUGCUGCUGAAGGCUGAGCUUUUGCACAAUGAACAGUGUGACACCUUCUAGCUAAGCCUGUGGACACUGGCACACAGGAGCCGAGGUGUCAGCUGAGUACUUGACCAGAGUGGGGGUGCGUGUGAGGACAGUGUGGCCUACACCUUACAGCAGAGCUCUGUCAGACCUUACCAAUGGAACAUGAAGUCCAGUUCUGCUUCAGAGUCACUUCACGCAGUUGUCUUAAUGCCCUUCGACCAACCCUUGCAGAGCCUGGGGAGCAUCAUAGGAAUGGAAGGCUCCGAAAGCAACACCUUGCAGGGGUGAGUGGCUGAAGCGGGGUAAGUGAGCAGGGCUGCAGCAGUGCACUGGCAGCACUGCACGGGGCUGUCAUGGGGUGGUUCUGAGCCACUGCACUAUUACA